AGCACAUCGAGUAGUCUAGGUGUAUCGGAUGGCCGGCGGUGUUCGUAGUUCGCUUCUACCGGUUCUAGCCUUCGCAUCAAUGACGAUAAGUUACACCCAUGCUCAGGUGCGCGAACGCAUGAACUUUCAACUGGCGCGCGCGAUGUGAGUUUGCGAGAAAUUUCACCGCGAAACUUUUUUACAAACGAAAACUUCAUGAUGUUGCGCCGUAAAGACAGCGUCGCACGCAAGACGCGCAAAAACCUCCCGCGUCUCGACGAUCUUGUCCUGCACAACUGCAAACUGAAGUUCUACUCCGAGCAGUUGCAGAAUUUGAAUUUCCUCUUCGAACGCAAGCUGGACGAAAUGCCUUCGAAAAGACACGUGGACGAGGAUAAGCUGCCCCUGGCUAUUUCAGUGGUGGAGAGAUUGAUUCAGAGAUUGGUGUGCGGCGUCGGAAUAAUCGAUCCGAAUUUCGCCAGUAAAUAUUUGAUUCAUUUACAUGAGAACAACGUAGAAACGACGAGUCUGCAAUAUUUAUUGCGAUUGGAUAAUUUAUCGACGCCGACGUUGUACGACGGCGACAGUCCGCCGGCGUACGCGAUCGUCGAAAACGAUCCGGAUUUUCCCAAAGGAUACGCGCGCGUGCGGGCCCACCCCCAGAUGAUGAAGAACUGGGGCAUCUUCACGAACAACGAGGGCUACCUGCGUCGAGACAAGAUUCAAGCAAAAUACGUCGAGCUGUUGGCAACGGCGGCUGCCAGUGACAUGUCGAUGGUGCCCAACGAGCUGGACGAGUCCAUAUUGUGCGCGUCUCCUGGUAAAGUGGUCGAUGCGUUUACCCUGCGGCAGAUUCUCCGUCGUGCGCCAGAGGAACACGUUUAUUUCGGAGGCAAUGGCAGCACACCACGAUUUCCUGAUCCGCGGGACUUCCGGUUGGCGAUCGUAGACGAACCGGGUGGUAUUCGUAUUAGACUGGAAUUUUUGUCGCCAGCUUUGUCUUCGACAAGCAUGAAUGUCCGAUUGUUGAUAGGAAUCGAGAGUGAUGCGUGGCCUGCAUCGACUGACUUCCCAGGACGCGUUCCUUUAGGUCAUCCGGAUUCUUUGUUGUACAAUGAGGCAGGACAAAUGGGCGCUUAUCUGGUCGGUUAUGGGGUGCAAUCUUCAGCGUGGCAAGUGCGGUUCCCUGCUGCGGAGGAACUGCUGAUGUGGAACUAUAGCAAAAAUAGCGCGGUGUCCAACAUAUUCAAGCUGAGCGAACGCAUCUUAGAUGAGAUUUAUGAAGAAAGUGCCCGGCAUCAGAAAUAUCAAUACACCUACAGAAUCCUAAAUUCCUACAUCUUCAAAACAGCAUUAUUGUAUGAACUUGAAAAGGACUUUACAAAUCCCACGCGCUUGAUUCUUAAUUGGUCCCCGAGGAUGUUAUCAACACAUAUUCUAAAGAUCCUUGAUCACAUGGUGCAUGCAUUAAAAAUACAACGCUUUCCUAAUUACUUCUAUUCAGGAGCAAAUCUUCUGGUAAACCCGGGUCACCUCUGUGAGGAUGACUAUAUCUAUGAAUCUAGGAGAGUUGCCACGCUCCUAGUACAGUUCUACCACCUUAGUUUAGCCCACAACAAUACACAAGAAUAUGAAAGGUAUAUCCUGUCCCAGGAGUUGGAGCUUUUGCUAUUGCAUAAGUGGAAGGAGCUCAUUGAUAGCCUUCUACCGCCUACUUCAACACGAGGGCGUCGGUUCUGUUUUGCUGGUUCCCGUACCAGCGUAGCAUAUACGCAGUACACAGCACGUCAGAUUGAAUUCUUGGCGUUGUUGUUCCAAGCCGCACUGGCUGUCCAUAACAAUCGCAUAGUCCCCCCUGAUGACGGGGAUGAACAAUGCAGUACAGCCACCAUGUGUCAGAUGGAUGCCUCACAUGAUCUGGUCUACAUCAUAGUUAUUCUCUUACGACAGGCAAAAGAGCAUUUUCUGAAGACUAAUCCCUCAGGUAAGGUGCGUCGGAAAUUAGCGACUGGGUUUGAAUCAUGCGUAGCCAAACUGGUAGAGAUAAUCCGAAGGGCUAACGAACCCAUCGCUGAUGAGGUAGAUUUUGUGAAAGUGGUUCUUAAAUGGUUAUAUCGUGCGUUGGAUCAAAACAAACGAUUGCUAGCGCCUCUCUUGCGUCCAUAUCUCAAUAUCCUGUUUGUGACUUCACACGGAAACGCGUGGUUUUUGGAAAAUAUCAGAAAAAGGGCACAAUGCGAUGAGGUGGAUGCCCUAUUGCUCUACAAUCGCCUUGUAAACGAAGAACGCGUUACACCAGCAGAGGCUUUAGUUGAUUGCGUAUCCAAAAAAUGGAUAUGGGCGAAAGAUUUCCUGGAGGCUAUUCGGGACCAACCAGUUCGAGUUGUCUUUGUUCCGAAGCGGGGGAAAGUUAUCAGACACGUCAUGUCAGUUCCCCAACCCCCGGAAGAUGAUCACAAUGAUAACAUCGAUAAUUUGAACAAUAAUCUCAAUAUAAAUCUCAAUUUGAACAAUUUGAACGGUAUUGACACCAAGGAGGAUUUGAAUUUUGAAACGUUAGGCCAUCGCAGCUAUUUCUGCACGUUGCUGAAAAAUUGUUAUAGAAAUGAGAACAAAGGCGAGCCCUGCAACGUGCCGUGGUAUUGCGUCCUGCGGGACUCUAGCCCGAUGACGUUAAUUUUUCAACAAGUCCACCGCAACGGAGACCACAGAUGUAACGGUGACAUUGUGCAGACGCUCUUGUCCAUGCAAAAAAUGAACAUUUUAAAUGAAGUUACAUCGAUACUACCUGCAGAUGAUCGUCAUCAGCUGAUGGAUUUACUACAGAGGUUCAAUGCGGAAAAGCGUAGGUCAACUUUGCGGAAACGAGCCAAGACCCUACCGGUGCAGGAUUACGCCGAGAAGCCGAAGUCUUUCGCUAGUUUCGAGAAGUAUACUCGCACGGAAGAAAGCGCAGGGUUGCAGGUGACGCGCGAUAGCAGUUUCACAGACUCCACGGCAACCGUGGGAAUGCGCAGCGUUCACUCUGGUGUCAGCAACUGCACCAGCAGCGGCGGAAGUGAUGACCGCCGCACGCGGCUGCGAUACAGCCAAUCGAUGAAAUUCUGAAGCAGCAGAAGCUGGCCGUUAGAUGCGUAGAAUUUUAGAUCCAUGUGUGCAAGCCCUCUUUCUGUAGUCCUGCAAUUCGUUAUGUCACAGCAAUAGAAAGUUGAGCGCCA